GGCGUAUCGAUUAUUGAUUCCAAGAUGGCUGCUCCAAAUUGUCAAUUUAUCUUCGCAUUCAUUUUUAUGACAAUAUCGAUGGUUUCAUGCGAAAAUGUUGUUGGGGAGGCAUCCACAGAGCAAGAAUUUUGUCCGUUCUUCAAUAACAGAGCACCAAAGCCUCAGCCACAUUUAAAGAACUGCACUUGGUACAAGGAAAAUAGUUGCUGUUUGCAAAGGGAAAUUUCUGCAACUUUUGGGAAAGUAAAACCUCUGCAAGGCGCAUCAGAGGAAUGUCAGCGAUACGUCAACUAUGUUAUGUGUUAUAUGUGUUCUCCUAAUCAAUACCUAUUCUAUAGUAAGGAGCGAUUAACUGUGUGUGAAGAGUUUUGUGAUAAGUGGUAUGAGGCUUGCAAAACUGCAAUUCUGAAAGGUUCGCGUUUUGAAGAACUUUACCAAAAUGGCCGUGAAUUCUGCGAAAAAAGACGUUUUAUUAUUGAUGCUGAAGAAAAUGGGCGAUGUUUUACUUUUAGCGAUACAUUAGCAAGGAGUAGUGGGAAAAAGAUAUCCCCAAAUCCGUUACUUUUUGUCGCCUCAUUUCUUCUUUUACAUAUGUGCUAUGGAGUUAGUAAAACUCGAGGCAAUACUCCUGUUUCUCAGACAAAGAACAAGAGUAUUAAAGAUAAGACACGACAAUCAAAGAGCAGUCAAACCAUAAUUAUAUUUCCAAAGCGAAAUACUCUUCACAAUAGAAUACAAUUUAGUGCAUCAAAGCCUUGGACUGAAGCUGUAUUGUUCAGCAUCUUAUUUGCUCUGUUGUACUUUCCAAAUGGGUCUCUGGCCUUCUCUGAAAAAAAUAUAAAAGUUUUAGCAAAAUUUCUUUCUGACGAGCUCCUUAUGUUAGAGAAAGAUGGUUUAAGAGGGAAUGCUAUUCAAGAACUUUAUGAUAAGGCUACUUAUUCGAGUGAAACACUGAAUGCAAAAAACAAGGUCACAGAAGUAAAGGAAAAACUAGGAAAGUACUUCACCAUGAAGAAACAGUUGUUAAUGCAGCUUGCUGGUAAUGUAACGAGGCUACAUGAUGAAUGGUACACGGAAGAAAUCAAUAAUAGUCGUCGCCCUGCUCACCUCAGCCAACUGGCUGGAGAUGUCUUCAUUGAUGCAGAUAGUGAAGACAUCGAAGAUCAUCUUCAUUAUGACAGUGAUUUCCAGUUGAAGAUUCUGUUAAACCAAAGUGUAGUAAAGAUAGCAGAUUCUGAAGGUAGAGGGCUAUCAGAUGUUGUAGACACUGUCUCAUGGACAGCAGGACUUGAUAGACAUUUCAAGGAUGCCAGGGCAAUUGACAAAGAUAUAAGGUGGCAGUACUUUGGCUCUAAUACUGGAAUACAUAGAGUAUUCCCAGGACACGAAUGGAGCCGUAACUUUAUUGGAUUCCAUGAUGAUUAUGAUCCAAGGACGAGACCCUGGUACCUUGCAGCAACAUCAGGUCCUAAAGAUAUUGUCCUCAUAUUAGAUGCCAGCUCCUCCAUGGCACAGUCAAAUGCAUUUAAUAGAAUGAAGUCCGUGGCAUUGAAGCUUAUAAGCACAUUUACGCGGUCAGAUUCUGUCAAUGUCAUUGUGUCAAGAUCUCCACACUGGGAUGCCACUGGGAGAUAUUUUGAUCACAGAACUGAGGUCCUGAGUUGUGUGAAAGACAGGUUGGUCCCUGCAUCAACAAAACAAAGGAGAGCAUGGAGACAAAGUAUUGAGAAUCUUCAAGUAAGAGGAGGAUCAGAUCACACAGAGGCUUUUGAGACUGCAUUCUCUAUGCUACAUCAUCCCAGCAAGACAGGGUGCCAGAGUAUCGUAGUGUUUAUCACUGAUGGCUCUCAUCAGGACCCUCAACAGAGAUGCUCAUCAGGAGCCUAUAGGUAUGACAGUGAUGGUAAUCGUGAAUGGGAGCCAGGAAGUUAUUGUCAGUAUGACUACAAUCAGCUUCUCCUCAAUGUGGAUAACAUGCAGGAGCAGCUUAUUCAAAAGGCAAGAAUAUUUACAUUUCACACUGCCACUGACACUGAUGAAGUCUAUGAUGAUGUUCAAUUCUCAAACAGUGCUGGGUUCCCUGGACUUCUAGCAUGCUACUCUAAUGGCAUCAUGGCUACAAUUACUAAUGAGGAGAACCCUUAUAAACAAUUGUUCAAAUAUUUCACUUACCUGGCAACAAGUUCUGCAAGACAGGAGGUGGUUUGGACUGCCCCUUAUAUAGAUGCUGGUGGACUUGGACUUAUGCUGUCUGCCACAGUCUCUGUAUAUAGUAAUAUAACUGGCAGGCACUUAGGUGUUGUUGGAUUGGACUCUACUUUGGCUAAUAUAGAAACCAUGCUUCUGAAUGAAGUAUGGGGCUCUGUGUAUAGUUUUAUGAUCAACCAGGACAACCAAGCUAUUGUACAUCCUCUUAUUAAAUCAUCAGCUGAGUUGCUUGAUGAUCCUGUGUUUGUUGAUAUCAGCAAGCUUGAGACUUUAGAAGGUGAACCAAAUGGCUUCACUGAGGUUCUUUCUGAGAUGAAGCAUGGAAGAAGUGGUGAUAUUCGGAUUCAUGAAAAUGCCAGACGUGCUGUUUCCAUUCAUAAUGCCCUUGUCUGGAGGGAUUUGGAAUAUUCACGAUAUGUGUUUGCACCAAUUCCAGAUUCAGAGUAUUCAGUUGCAUUCAGUAUUGGACCUUGGGAUGAGGACUUCACUCAUGUCGAUGAUCCAAUAUUGAGAAGCAACAAGUCCUACCUACAUCAGCUAUUAAGUCUUGGCACAAACCACCAAAAUGAAUCAGAAUGGUUGCAAGAACUUCACCAAGAGCUUUCACCCAUCACAGAUCACCCACAAUAUAAAGGUAUGACAAUCAGCAAAGCACAUAGUACAGUACAGCUAUCAGCGAGGAACUUCUGUGAUCCCAAGUCUUACUUAGAGCUUCAUGUACCUGAUUUGCUACAAACACAGCACCACCUUGCUAGUGUAGGUUACGAUGAAUAUGUCCUCUGUUCCAAUGGCCUCUAUAGGUCAACACUAAGGGCUGAUGUAAAGAUCACCUCUUUCAUUGAAGAGUUGUGGAGAGAAAGGCCAUUGAAUCUUCAGGAUCAAAUUGCAUGGAGUUACAUUGGAACUAGGGGUGGAGUAAUGAGGAUAUACCCUGGUAUGGAGUUUCAACAAGAUUAUGAUGCAACAAGGAGGCCCUGGUACAAUAGAGCACUUGCCAAUAGGGGGCUCUUAGUUAUGUCCAGUGUGUAUCGGGAUGCCCCUUCAAGUUCCAAUGUUGGGCUGGGUAAAGUGGUGACAAUGUCCAAGGCCAUACAUCAAGUCAAGAGUAACAUAGGCUAUCAUUGUAAAAGAAUAAAGAAAGGUCAAGGCUGUGACUGUACUUCAAAUGAGGAAUGUCAUUCAGGAUUUUGUGACAAGUUGAAAUGCGCUCAUGAUGUCAUUGAGGCAGUGGCAGCAAUUGACUUACGCUAUGAAGACUUUCAGAGUCUCACUUACAAAAUUCUUGACCCUGUCAUCCCAGGACACAGUUGCAAUACAACAUAUGAGUGCAAUGGAGGAUACAACUGCCAAACUAGGUGUUACAUCAUAGAUGAUGUGGGGGAUCUAGUGUUGGACCCUGAAUUUGAAAAGCUUCCCGAAGAAGCAGUUCUGGAAUAUGAACAUCUGUCACUGGCUAAGACACAUGGAACUAUAUUCUCUCAACUUAUCAAACGUGGAGUUUAUAUGAGGAAAAGUACACUGGAUUAUCAAGCUGCUUGUACAAUAUCCUCUGAAGAAACACCAGUUAAACCAAUACACAACCAAGCUACUAGGGGCCCAAUACCACCAUUUAAAAAUAAAUAUGCCUGUACAAAAGAAAUCAUCCAUUAUACCAUCAACAAAACAGUACUAGAUAUGAACCAAGGACUCAUUGGGGGUCUACUGGACGAUGACCCUUGUGCUAGGGGUUCAUAUUUUUUUGCACAAAUAGAUGGCAGUAAUGUUUACCUCCUGGUCUUAAAGGAUUACUAUAAACUACCAGCAUUGGUGAACCUGAACUGCCUCAUCUCCAAUAGGGUUCAUGCACCAGGGGCAUUUAAAUUGACAGAAGAUGUCUGUGAUGAGCACAGUACCUACAGUAACAUGACCGCAAGUUCCACAUGCCCUAAACUAAAGACAAUCAAUGUAGAGUGUGGAUAUGUCAGUGGUGCAAAUAGCAAGAUUCAAGCUGCAUUCCUUGUUUUAAUACUAACAGUAUUGUUGAGUAAACAUUUGUGUCAAUAGAUUUUACAUCAGCUGAACUAUACAAAAUUGUUUCAUCAAUUUAAGACAAAUAGAAUAGGAUUUGAUCAUAGCAAUUAGACCAGUAAUAUAUGUUUAUCAGGUCACAUUUAAUUUGUAGAGCCCAAGAGAACUUCUAAACUUAAUAUUUGAUGGUUAAUGAUGUGAGAAACAAUUGUUCUCUGUUUUUGUCAUCUUAUUGUUAACAAAGAGUGUAGUGUUUUGUCAACUUAACAAUUUUGUUUAAUUCAGGGGUGUCAAAAAUGUAAUUAUUAAUCAUUUGCUGCAACUAUAUUUUCUAUUAAUGGUAAAUUCUGUAAGGCGUAAGCUCAAAAGUGUCAACAAUGCCAUUUUGGCAAGAAAUGAUCAUUACAAGUAUUGACUAAUCAACUUUACAUUCAUUACAAGUUCAAAAGCAUAUUCAUGAAGUUACAUUUAUUUUAUACUCAGAAUAAUUAUUAUUGUUUGUUCCUGAAAUACAUAUAUCUCAAAGUAUGGGAUGAAUUGAACCAUAACCAUGUACACAUCACAAAGGUGAUAUAGUUGAUAGAUACCGGUUUAUUACAUGUUUAUGAUGAAACCCCAGAGAAAGAAAUCCUGUGCAAUAACUUAAACCAGCCUGAAUAUUUUACAAUUCAAGUACUGGAAUGCAGUUUUGAUAUAUCAAAAUGUACAUUGACAUUUUUCUUCUGCUUCGAUAUGAGGUGGUCUCUUUGAAAAUUUGUUAUGUUUAUAUUGCCUUUGAGUCAAUGUUAAGUCAAUAUAUGUCAAAAUGUCAUUUUACAAUUUUAAGGACAUAAUGUCAAUUCUAAUAUGAUACAUGAUGUCACAAUAGCUAGAACAAUUGAUUUACUGGUCUAUAUUGGAGUAUGUAUGACUGCUAGGAUUAAUAAAUGCAAAUAGUUGUGUUUCUUGUCUGUUUAUCAUAUUAGAAUCGUCACAAAAACCUC